GAAGUCUUUUUUUAUCCUUUGUACCAAUUAGCGGCUGCUCGUUGGAAGCGGUACCCGUUAAAACCCGGACAAACUACGGAGCAAACGACCGACGGUGGAGGGGGGGACAGCGGCGGUAGUCAGGACACCCUCCGGUUGUUUUGGUCCCACCGAAGCGCAGCCCCGUACCGGAGGGCUGAGCCGCCGUCGUCCGUCCAAAGUUGGGCUGUCCUGGUGAGUGUGCUCCGGGUGGGGGAUGAUGUUGAGCUCCGGGGCUCUGCGGGCGCAGGUCGCCUCUAUCAUGGACGGUCUGUCCAAAGCGGCCGUGGCGGAGAUCGGUAAAGUGUUGGAGGACGGGAUGGUGGUGCUGCGGCUGGAGAUGUGCCACAAGGAGAAUGAGAUCAAGAAGCUGCACAACACCAUCGAGCUCCUGCACAAAGAGCUGAGAGCGGCCAAGGCGAGCGGAAAGCACCGGGCAGAGGAAAGUCAGGGUGUUCUCAAUGAUGGAAGGACCUUGCUUGAAAAGAUACAGACGAGUAAAGACCAAAACGUCUCGUCUGUACCUGACGGACAAGUGAAAAGUGAACCUGUGGAUGAUGGAAGUAGCAAGACCAGAACACAAAAUGACCCGGUGGAAGAAGCCUUGUUUGACAGAGACACCGCGAAGUGGACAACGGCAACGCAAAAUGAAACCGGACACAACAACUCAAAUUACUUGAGUCUUUCGGACUCUUCUCUGGACACCGAUCUGACCACAUCCUGCAGCAGCCUCGGGGGCUUUCAACAAAACCCAUUCACCCGUGGGCUGCUAGGUUACAGCCCCUACCGAAACUUGUACAACGCAGUCCGCAAGAGGACGGCCAAGAGAUUAAUGUUUAAGAAACGCUUCAUCUGUCCAUUUUGUGGCAAAUGUUUUGAGCGUGCUGGACACCUGGAGAGGCACAAAAGGAUCCACACCGGAGAGAAACCGUACUGGUGUGAGAUAUGUGGACGACGCUUCAAUCAGAACUGCAGCCUCAAGGAGCACAUGAAGAUUCACAGGAGAAAUAUUGAGCCCCCUGUUGAGAUCCAAGCGGCCGAGGACAAGCCAGUUCCAGAGGUGAACCAGAGUACUGAUGCUGUGUCCUCAGAGGAGAAGAACCAGUGUACAGCUAAAGAUGAGGAAGUUCUGCCCACAGUAGCACAGGUGAAGACUGAGCUUGUAGAGGAGAGUAGAACCCCACCGCAGUUUCAUAGAGAAAAAGAGCUGUCGAGGGAAAAACUAGACAACCUUAGUGAGAACUUUCCACAGUUUGGAGCAGACAGCAAGCAGUGGAUGUCCAGACUACAAAACCCAAACCAGUCGAGACUACAAAACCCAAACCAGUCGGAGAAGAGCGGCUCAGAUUUUCUCAGCAGCUCGGUGCAGAAUAUCACAUCCUACCCUGGCAUAGCUCAGUUACUUGUGCCGCCGGCAGAAGCUUCUUGCAGCUCCUUCUCCUUUGCAUCGAAGCCGUAUGGGGAACUGAAAACCUCCAUGAUGUCACAAAUGCCCCGUGGUUCCUCAGACCCGUUCCUGAUACCGGGUGAAGCCGAGCAGCUGCAUGACAUGACCCUGAACACCCACCUACAAAGCAGAAGCAGGUAUCUGCAGAUGGUCAAACCCAAGAAGAGCUUUGUGUGCUCUUACUGCAGUAAGGUCUUUGAGCGUUCUGGGCACCUGGAAAGACAUUUACGGAUUCACACUGGGGAGAAGCCAUAUGGAUGCCAUAUCUGCGGGAGGUGCUUCAACCAGAAGAGCAGCCUCAAAGGGCACAUGAAGACCCACAGAAACGGGGAGAACAUGGAACUGCUAGAUGCCCAUCACCUGAUGUUUUCUCUGCCUGAACAUCAGCCGUUGCAGAACCUGACAGAAACACUGGCUGGACUGUCGGCUUUAGAUGAACAGCCAUCAACGUCUGCGAGCAGUGAGACAGGUGUUGAACAAGCCAUGAUGGCCAAAGAGGGGCCAAUAAAGAAGGACUUUGAGACCGAGAGUCAAACGGAGAACAGUGACAACACAGGAGGGUCGGAUCAAAGCCAUCUGUGGACGUCUGGGACACAGAGGGUUAAUGACACGGCUGAACAACCCAUGUGUGUAGAUUUAGAUGACGACCCGUAUCACCUCAGUCCUACGUCUGGAACCGUCGGUGAGCAGAGAGCACAUGUGUCGACCAAAGAUCUGGAUUUCCUUAAUGAACACACAAAGGGGGGAUUGAUGCCAGAUGAUCAGUACCCAGUGAUCGGCCUCCAGUCUGUGAGUUCUGAUGUGAGUCUAGCGCCCGAGCUACAAGAUCCAGAUGUCACACAACACACAGCUGUGAGUGACUUCACAUCAGUGGACGACGGGACUCCAAAGGAAGACCUAUUUGAGUUCAACUUGUCUGACACAGGUGACAACGGAGACAACAGCGACGCCGGCAUCGCAGACGCAUCCAUGCAAAACUCCUUCAUUUGCUCAGAUUGUGGACAAAGCUUUGACAAUUUCCAUUUGUUUCAAAGUCAUGGGUGUUUAUCAGUCACAGAGGCGUCCUUCAGCUGCGAGAUUUGCGGAAAAGUCUUUAAUCAGCUCAGCAUCUUGAAACUGCACCUUAAACUGCAUGAUGAAUAAACUCCUCAGUCAUUUGCCCAUACAGGCUCGUCAUUUUCAGUCAAAAACGUCCAAAGAUUGAAGAAGAAUAAUAGGCACAAUACUAAGGCUGUCAAUAAAUGUUAGAAAAACAAAACAAAAAUCUAAUAACUAAAUCUAGGCUUGAUUUGCUGCAAAAUGAUUGACUGUUGUUUUUAAUAAUGGCUUUUUGAAUGUAAUUAGUAUAGAAUUAGUAAAAAGAAGUACUGUGGCCUGAAUGAUAUGGCCAAAAUGUCACUGAUUCUCAAU